AUGAGCGCAAAAGACCGCUUGCGAAGGUCCAAGUCCACUCGAUUCGCUCGCCCCAAUUACGACCAUUCCCUCACAUCAGAACCGUUUGAUCCAGACCUUGCCCGGCUGUUUGCAACUGCUGCAGCGUCCAGGGCCAUGGCCAUGUCGCGCUCCGCUGACAGAACUUCCACUCUCUCCGAGGGCUCAUAUGGCCGCAUAGGUGGCCCUCACAGCAUGGCCGUUCCCCCGAGAAGAUACAAACGGUCUACCUACACUCCAGGAUGCUCGCCUGCUGGGGACGAUCCACCAUCUCGUCACAGAGCUUCGUCAUCCAUUGACAGUCCGGACAACGACCAGUCCUGGUCCGCAGCCCUACCGUCGAUAAGUGAGUUCGGUGGUGUGGAGGACCGAAUCGCGUCGCUUCCCUCGUCCUAUCGCCGGUUGCGAAAGUCCCGUUCGAUGUUCUCAACCAGACAGCGUUCUUCCCAUAUACCUUACGGGCUGACAUCGCCCGAAUCAUACUCCCCUAGUAUAUCUAGUCGCGGACCGACCUCUGAUCCUCCGAAACUUUACCGCACGUUAAGGCGGUCGAUGUCUUUUUUGAGAGGCGACAAUCCUCCUCAGAACACAUUGCGGCAUGCAAGAAGUCAAGAUGUAUCUAUACAGUUGGCGCGCUCGCAGUAUCAGCAAAACCUCAUGAGCAGUCCUGAUUCCACGUGGGCGCCGCUUUCCAUGCCAAAGACCAGGCAUAAGCCGUUCAGGAAAACAUGUCGUGGCGCGAGCGCUUCCGACGGUACAUCAAUCGCGGAGGCAUCGUUAGAACAUGUCAAGGGUUCCCACUCUCUUGGAAAAGCCAGGGCCUUCUCAAGCACCAUUAAGAAGGGUAUUAAACGGGUCCUAGGCCUUUCCAGAACCGCGUCUGAACAGGAAAAGGUGCAUCCGUCUCCCUCUUCUUCCGGUAACUGGGCCCAGUCUCCUUCGACGGCGGUCAGUAACGAGAACGGUUACGCCAGCGGCCAUGGGCCUGUUGACAGCCAUAUGCAGGGGCAAACAGACGCUCAACCAACCGCGGUACGGAGAAUGCAGAGCUCUGCAAGCUUGGCCACGAGUCGCUCUCGGGUGACUAGUUGGGCAGAUUCCACUGCAGCGAACACGAUCACGACACCAAGGGCAAGCGCUCAGCAUCGUCUUUCUGUUGUCUCUGAGCAAGGGAGCCUUGGCCGUCCUGACGUGCCGCCCCUGCCUCCAGGCCCGAUCCGACAUGGGCCAAACCAGGCAGUCGAUAGCCAUCGUUUAUUCUCUGCGCUUAUGAAACGUAUUGGAGGCGCUAAUGCCCAGGCUUCAGACGAAGAUAUUGUCAUCGGUCAAGUGAAGGAGCACCGGGCAGUCCCUACACAAGGCUCGUUGACCUCCCACCACAGCAAACGCACCGUCCGUCAGGUUUCCAGCGAAGUGUCAGUCAACUCUCCGAGAUCGUUUGCAACUGCAACCGCCGGCCCCAUGACACCUUACGAACAACCGCCGAACAAUGGCGCGUCGCGUGCUCACAGUGCAGCUCGCACGGCUGAUGGCUAUAAGGAGAAUAACAAGGCCAGUGGAGACGACAUAUCACGAGUCGAGUCCGCGUCGAGUGUCUACUCUCGAUCGACAAACGGACACUCUCCCUGCAAGGCCCCUCCUGAUUCGCCGGAUUCCACAGCAGAGCCGGGAGUGGCGACGAUAUACGCUUCCGAAAGGACUGCAUACAGCUCUCCCAAGAAGUUUGCUGAAUCUCCAUGUUCUGAUGUCCCAACGCUACCGGCCACUGACUGGCAGAAUUGGAUGGACUCUCAGAUGGCAAGAUUCGAGAGCGCCACACCUACGGGACAUUACCGUGAGAACGCAGACAUUUGCGGCGAUUAUGCGUCCAGCUUCACGUCCUCUGUACCCAACCGAAGAAUCCGAGUUGAAAGCAGAGGCGCGGUCAAAACCGACGAAGUACUUGAAGAAGCGAGUCGAAAAUUGUCGACAAGCAGCAACUUCUCCCGCCCUUUUAGUCGGUCCUCAAGCUUGCGCACAGUGGUAAAGGCUCGCUCACCCUCGUCCAACGUUCCCACUCCUUCUAUACCACCUUUGCUAGCCGACGACGUCUUCCAGGACUCUGGAGGCCAUGAUCGCUUCCUGAAAUGUACCCCAGUCGGCAAAACCAACAUUGGAGUGUCACCCAUGUUGUCGAGGUCGAGUAACCAGCCCCGAGUGACCGAGUCACCUACUCCCAAACGAUCUGCGGCGGAAGUCUCACCAGUGAUUACCGGCGGCAAAUAUGCACAGUACCCUACCAAGUGGUCGCCCGGCGCCCAAGAUGCAAGACAGCUUCAUAGACGAUCCGCUCGCUUCAUCCGCGAGAACCGGCGAGCCACCAACGAGAAUGCGAGACUGGAGCAGGGCAUGUACGAUCAAGCGGGUGGUCUCCAGUCGCCGAUGUCAAGUAAGCGCAUGGUAGAGAUAUUUUUGAAUAGCCGGCGCCGUCAGAUGGGGCUCGAUUCCGACGAGGGAACUUCCGAGCCGGCGUUUCUGUAA